AGACAAGUGUGAUGCAUUAUUCAACUUUGCAACCCAAUUCUUGUUAUGCAUCAAAUAAUCAUUCCAAAUCCAAGGUCAUUUGCCAACCUAAACCCUCUUCAUUCAUCUGCUGUUACUCACCAAUGGCGCCAGAUCGCGCGGGCGAUGACAAAAACGGUGUCGUCUCGUCUCUGCUACGGACACUGCAGCGCUCCACAACUUCCACCGAAACCCUAACACCACCUUCACUUCCUCCCGCCGGCGACUCACUUCACGCGCCGCCGCUUCCAUCCCUUCCGUUCGACCUCGUGGUGGAAAUCCUCUGCAGACUCCCGGUAAAGCCCCUCUUGCAAUUCCGCUGCGUAUGCAAAUCCUGGAAAUCUUUAAUCUCCGAUCCCAAAUUUGCCAAAAAACACCUCCAUUCUUCACCGUCAGACUUCAUCCGCCACCGCCUCAUCGUAAACCACCAUUCCGACGACAGCGGGUUCCGUGCUUACCCUCUCCUCUCCGUUUUCAACACCGUGCCUGCCGCCGCCACCGCCACUCAGCUUGAGUACCCUCUGAUCAUUCAGAAAUUUAACUAUGUAAUCGUUGGCUCUUGCAAUGGCGUCCUCUGUUUUUUCAUCGAUCGGAGCUUUGCUCUUUUAUGGAACCCUUCCACUCGAAGAUUCAAGAAAUCGCCGUCUCUGGAAAAUCCACGCCUAAAAGAUAGUUUCACAAAAUACGGUUUCGGUUAUGAUCAUUUUGCUGACAGUUACAAAGUAGUUGCAGUUUUCUGCUAUGAAGAUGGUGAUAGUGGUCUUUACAAAACACAAGCCAAUAUUCAUACUUUAGGUACACAUUGUUGGAGGAGGAUUCAAGAGCUCCCUUGUGUCCCUGUUCAAUCAGCAAUAUUUGUGAGUGGCACUGGCACGCUUAAUUGGUUGGCGUCUGAUGAUAAUCGGUCCGAAUCUGUUAAUAAUUGGAUGGAAUCUAGGGCUAUUAUUAUUUCUCAGGAUUUGAGGAAGGAGUGUUAUCAAAAACUUUUGCUGCCUGAUGAUUAUGGACAUGAUGAUGGUGGAAAAGGGCCUUUGAAUUUGCAGGUGUUGAGGGAUUGCUUGUGCUUGUGCGUCCAUUCUUUCGAUUCCGGGAGUUGUGAUAUUUGGUUUAUGAAGGAGUAUGGAAGUAAAGAGUCUUGGACUAAAUUAUUCAUCGUUCCUAACCCGGAUGGAUGUUUCUCGUUCACCAAACCUUUUCAUAUUUCUAAGGAAGAUGAAGUGCUGGUGAUUAAACUUGAAAUCAUAUAUCUUUACAAUUCUAGAGACAACACUUUCAAAAUUUACCCAAUUCAAAACAUCGAAGAUUGGAUGAUCCCAGUGGUCUAUGUAGAAAGUUUGAUAUCGCCUUGUUUUUGAUAUUAGGAUGUAGAUGCUAUGGUUGAAGAAUCCUUCAAUCAAUUAACUAGACCUUACAUGUUUUCAUUUUAUGCUUGUUCUAAUUACUUUUUUAUCAUGGUUAAUUGAAAUUUGACAGAGUCUGCAACUUGAGAAA